CAGCCUCAGAACAGCAGCAGACCUGGAAACUGCACGGCCCUGUUUCAGAUCCGGACGCCUUCGCUUCCUCUCCGACCGAAAACCCGCUGGACUGCGCCACCGCUCUCUUCUUCCCGCUGAGCGACGGAGAGAUCCUCGUCCGAGAAGGAGACGUGGUAGUGAUAAUAGAGCAGACGUUUGCGGGAGACUAUUUCGUCAUACACAACAAGAGAACAGGCCGGUGGACUACAUUGAGAUCAUUCCCGAGGACGUGGAUCAGGUCCCGCUACCAGCUAGGAACAGAUCAGACCAAACUGCCUCUAAACCAGGUGACGCUUUCUUUGGUUUUUUCUUCUGAAGUUCUCCACAUGACUUGCACUCUAUAGUGAUUACGUACACACUAAGGCUAGGUUCAUUGCCCCGUCGGCCGUCGUGUCAUGCCGCGUUGCUGUGUCGUGAGGAUAGAAUGCAUUUCUAUCUUCGCAGCAGGACGUGACGCGGCACAGCGCGACAGGGCAAUGCGACAUAUUGUGAACCUAGCCUAAGAGAGGCAGCAAAUUGGUUGUGGGUUUUUUGGGUUCUUACUGCACAUAAAUCAUGUCUAGGUCAAAGUCUUCAUCGUCAGACGAGUCAUCAAGCAGUGAUUGGUCCAGCAGUGACGAAGAUGAUGAUGAAGGAGAUGAAGCUCCUCUGCGUCCCUCCACCCACUCUGCACUCCAGGCUCAGUGGGAGUGGAGAACCAUGGCUGACUCCCUUCCUGACAAUUCUCCAAUGGGAACAGGCCACACCCCCAAGAAGAAGCCACCACCAAUAGCUCCCAAGCCGAGAGUAUCGUGGACUCACUCGUUACCCACCACUGACCUCAACUACCAACUGAUAGAAGACCCUUCUUCCUUCUCUCAGGCAACUCAUGUCAGUGACCUGACCUCUCUGACCUCCAGUUUUCCUAGACCCAGGGGACCACAGGGAAGAAAUCUACCAUCACGACUCUACAAGUAGCUACUACUGCUAUGUGUAGUAUGAUACUAAAAUAUCUGAAUCUUUUCGCCAGACUCCAUCAUUAUCAUUUUGACAAAGUUAAAUUGUGUGUUUACAGUGUGUAUAUAUUACAAUGUAAACAAAAAUGCUACAUUCUCUGUAGGAUUUCAACAAUCUCAGAGUGACUCUUAGAUCUGGCAAUGUCAAUGGGUCUGUUUCCCUUCUGUGAUGAUAGUGUCAUGAUGACGUCAUCGUGUAAAUAAGAUUACUUCUAUACCUUAUUCUGUAUGUUGACCAGAGCCUGAGCUUCAGUCAGUAGUCUCACCACAUCAACUUUGCCUUCUUGAGCUGCCAGGUGAAGAGCAGUCCAGCCAUCCUGUGGACACAAACACACAGUCACCUCACCUAGUACAGCUGUAUACAGUGACACUGUGUGUGAUGAUGUGUGUUUUCUGGUGGUAGGAACAGCAUACCUCAUCCUGUGUGUUGAUCUGUGCCUUAGCCUCAAUCAGUGUUUGUACAACAUCAGUAUGUCCAUUGAAUGAUGCUAUCAUUAGUGGAGUCAUGCCAUUCUAGAGUAAUAUCGUAAAGUCAUAGAGACACAUUGAAGAUAAAGCCACAUUACUCACUGCUACUAUUCUACAAUGUAUACACCAAUCAUUGACAUGAGAAAUGGUGUUGUACCUCUCUCUGUAUGUUGACCAGAGCCUGAGCUUCAGUCAGUAGUCUCACCACAU